GAGAGUUAUUAUAAGGUUUUCUGGAAUUUCUAUAGAAAUUUCCUCUCCCCUUAGUUUCCUGUGUCAAAGGAAACGAGAGACUAGUCUACUGAAAAAAAAAAAAAGGAAACGAGAGACUGUUUAUAUUUCUAUUUAAGGGAUGAAAUGAUGGAACUCGUUCCAUCCCAACUCAACAUUUUAUCAUCAUUCAGCCUUACUCCCGAGACAAUAUGAGGAGAGAUGUUUGGGUCUUCCUCUUCCUCGGCCUCCUCUCAUUCUUAAUCUCACGCCAUUCGAUAAUAAUAGCUGUUGUUGUUGCUGUUCCCACCAGCAAUACAUCAUCCCCUCAUUCGUCCCAACGCCCGAGCCCUGCCAGUGAGUGCGAUGCCCUGCUCCAGUUCAGUCAAUCAUUUACCAUCUCAAGUGAUGCCGAAGACAGCCUCAUGGAAGAACGGCACCAAUUGCUGCUCAUGGGAUGGGGUCACAUGCCACAUGUCAAAAGAUUACGUGAUCGGCCUUGACCUCAGUAGUUGGCUUCAGGGAGCCCUCCAUUCCAACAGCACUCUCUUCUUGCUCCGGAAUCUUCAGCGGCUGAAUCUCGCUGGUAACAAUUUCACUGGCUCACCAAUUUCAUCAAGGUUUGGUAUACUUACAGGAUUGGCACAUCUCAAUCUCUCUGGUUCUUCCUUCUCGGGGAUCAUUCCUCUGGAGAUGAUGUCUCAUCACCUUUCCAGUCUAAUUUCACUCGAUCUCUCUUUCAGUCAAUAUUUGACAAUAGAAGAGGAUCGUAGUUUCAGAAGGUUUAUUAGUAAUCUCACUCAGCUGAGAGAACUUACUCUUGAUUAUAUAGACAUGUCUAGAAUUUCUCCUACUUCCCUCACGAACCUCUCUUCCACUCUAACAUCUUUGAGACUUGAUGGGUGCCGUCUGCAAGGGACAUUCCCAAUUAACAUCUUUCAUCUCCCAAACCUCUGCAUUCUCUCUCUUUUUGAUAAUUCUAAUCUCAUGGGUGCUCUCCCCCAAACAAAUUGGAGUAGUAGUCCACUCGUCCGCUUGAGUCUAUCAUUUACAAAGUUCCAAGGACCAAUUCCUGAUUCAGUGGGGAAUUUCACAUCCUUGGAAUAUUUGCACCUCGACGGGAGCAAAUUUACUGGAUCUGUACCACCAACACUUUGGAACCUUGACCGCCUCUCUUCCUUGCGCCUCGGUGGUAUCAACCUCAGUGGUACCGUUGACUUUGAUAUGCUUGCAAGGCUAAAGUAUCUUGAGGACCUUUAUCUUUGGGGGAACCUUAACCUAAUGCUUCCAAACAAUGGGAAUCGUUCCUUCCCGAGGCUCAAAGAGUUGAUACUGUCUGGCGUCAACUUGACCGAGUUCCCAUAUUUUUUGAGUUCUUUAGAAGAGCUGGAAUGGCUGAACCUUUAUGGAAACAAGAUUAGUGGUCCAAUUCCUGAAUGGUUUGGGAGAAUGUGGAGCAAGACGAUGAUAAUAUUGGAUCUCUCUUCUAAUAAUUUCACCGGAGAGAUCCCAUCCUCAAUCUGUCAACUGAGUUCACUAAGUGAUCUAUCAUUCUCAGAUAACCGACUCAACGGCACCAUCCCGAGAUGCUUGGGAAAUUUUAGCAAUGUCUCCUAUUUGGAUUUGAGCCACAAUCAAUUACAAGGUCCACUGCCGCGAUCUUUAGCAAACUGUACAAGCUUAUGGAAUCUAGAUUUAGCCAAUAACAAUUUAGACGGCCCACUUCCGAUUCCACCGCCCACUGUUUCGUUCUAUUCCGUUGCAAACAAUAAGUUUAGUGGAGACAUUCCUCAUCAGCUCUGCAACGCUACUCAGCUAGACAUGGUCAAUCUCUCCAAUAAUAGCUUAACCGAUUCCAUUCCUCACUGUUUCAUAAAUUUAAGACCAUCAGUGUUGGACCUCCGAGCAAAUAAGCUUGUUGGUCAUAUACCAAAUAUAUUUUUCUCAGGGAAUGACUUGAGGACGAUUCGGUUGAGUCAAAAUCGACUUGAAGGUACUCUGCCGCGAUCUUUGGUGAAUUGCAAGAAUUUGGAAGUUUUGGAUCUCAGUGAAAAUAAGUUGGAGGAUCGCUUCCCUUAUUGGUUAGACACUCUUCCGAAUUUGCAAGUGCUUGACCUAAGAUCCAACAAGCUCCGUGGUCUGAUUAACAGCUUCGGGAAGAAUAAUCAUCCCUUCCCGAAGUUGCAUAUUUUUGACCUCUCUGACAACAAAUUUUAUGGUCAUCUUCCGGCUAAGUACAUUGCCAACUUCAUAGCCAUGAAGGAUAAAGCAAGAAGUGCUUCACAAUACAUGUGGGUAAAUCAUUCUCAGGCAACUUAUCAAGAUUCCGUUAUGGUGGUCAUGAAAGGAUUUACCAUUGAGUUGGUGAGAAUUUUGUCAGUGUUUAUGACCAUCGACUUGUCAAGGAACUUUUUCGGAGGAGAUAUCCCGAAGUUAAUAGGAGAUUUGAAGCUACUCAAGGGACUCAACCUUUCUCACAACAAUUUGACCGGCAAAGUCCCUUCUUCUGUGGGGAACCUAACGAAUCUUGAGUGGCUGGACCUCUCCUCGAACAAGCUCAACGGGCAGAUCCCUAAAGGAUUGGCAGAUCUUACAAUGCUCACCUGGUUGAAUCUCUCAGAUAAUCACCUCGAGGGACUGAUUCCUCAAGGCAGGCAAUUCGACACAUUCAACCACCCCUUUGACGGGAAUCCUAGAUUGUGUGGGUAUCCCUUGCCAAAUGCUUGUGGGACCGAUGAGCAGCAGUUACCGCCUUCGACUUCCUCGGGAGAUGGAGAAGAAAAGGCGCAAUUCGGGCACUGGAUUGAAUGGUGGGUAGUGGCAAUGGGCUAUGGAUGCGGAAUUUCAUUUGGGAUAUCAACGGGGUAUAUUAUGCUGGAAACCAGGAGGCCAAAAUGGCUGGUGAGAAAGGUUGAGCGAUGGCUAAUGAGAAUGGUCGAGAGGAAGAGACGAAAAAAGAAAACUAGGUCGAAGAAAAACGCGGCUCAGAGAAAUCAUGCGAGGAGGAGCACCGGAGGCUAAUAAGAUGAAGAGCAACAAAAAACAAUGCAUGUGGAGGCUUCUAUCAACCGAGGGUUAUGGCAAUUUAUCAAUGAUCAAGAAGAAAGCUCACCUUCUUCAAUCCAUAAGCAUCUUCAUUUUUUCUUUUUCCGGUUUCAAUUGGAAUGACCGUAAUCGUGUAUUUUAUUUCUCCAUAAUAAAAUGAAGCAUCUAAAUGAGAUCAAUACAACUUGAAGCGUCUGUUUGGAGUAGAGUGGUACUUAUCGAAAAUUGAGGAACCAAAUCUACAAGAAUGAAGAUUCUUAUGUAUCAACACGACAAAGACUA